AUGGCUUCUCUGAUUCCAAAAGUGGUGCUCUCUCCCUUCGUGACCGGCCCUCUUCUCGCUGUUCUGGCGUUUGGGCCGCCGGAAGUGCGAGGACCAUUGGUUGAGAAGCUCGGCUCGAUCAAGGUACCCGUCGAUAUCCUUGUCACUGUGCUGAAGUUCCUCGUUCCGCUGGGCGUUGUAUCGCUUAUAAACAAUGUCCUCAAUGGAUGGGCGCUGCGCAAUUGGAAAUGGAGCAGCGAUAGUACCAAGGACUGGGUCUGGGGGCAAGAAGUGGCUGUGAUUACUGGAGGCUCCAACGGCAUUGGCGCCGCGACUGCUGAACGCCUGGCGCUCAGGGGAGUCAAGGUCGCUGUGCUCGAUGUCAUGGAUCUGAGUGCGGAACUCAAAGCUUCUCCGAACAUCAAAUAUUUCAACUGCGAUCUCCGCAACCGCGAGGCCGUGGCCAAGGCUGCCACAGAGGUCCGUUCCACCCUGGGUUCGCCGUCUAUCCUCGUCAACAAUGCGGGAAUCGGCAAUGCGGGUGACAUUCUCAACCUUACGCCUGGCGCUCUGCAUGCCAUCUUCGACAUCAACCUGAUCGCGCAAUGGUACACGAUCCAAGAGUUCCUGCCCGACAUGAUCAAGAAGAAGAAGGGCCACAUCAUGAGCGUGUCUAGCAUGAGCGCAUUCACCGGCAUUGCGGGCAUAUCAGACUAUUGCAGUAUCAAGGCAGCGCUGACGGCGUUUUAUGAAUCGCUGAACCAGGAGCUGAAACAUCGGUACCACUGCCCUGAGAUUCUCACCUCGAUUGUCUACCCGCUCUGGACCAGCACCCGACUGACGGAGCAGCUUGAGGAGGACAUCAAGAAGGCAUCCAAGACACCAAUCAUGAAGGUCGGCACCGUUGGAGAUGCCAUGUCGAAACAGAUUCUAGAGUGCAAGCGCGGCAGAAUCUUCCUGCCCAACCUGUUCUGGACCAGAGCCGCACCGGGUCUGCGUGGGUUGCCAUUGUGGCUUCAGGAACUUAUUCGUGACGACACGGCGAAGAUGGUGGUCCAGCAGGGAACAUCGUAUGAAAUGGGUAUGGAGAAGCAAUGAGCCGCAGCAUGGGGCCAGCCCAGGGGGAGCUGUAUUAUGUAGCCGAAGGAGCACGAAGAAGUGCCGAGAUAAGAAAAGACUCCAGAAUGCCGAGAAGAAAGUAAGGGCACGAAGGAAGCAGAGAGUGGAGGCCAAAUGGAUUUAGAUAUUUCAGAAUAUAACGCAAUAGAUAGAGAAUAAUG